AUGGAUAAUGCCUCAUGGAACUCGGCUCCCUCUGAUAAUACCAGACCACUAUCUCCUCUCAUACAAGAUCAGGAUAUGAGUGACGCAAGACAAUUAGCAGACGAUAACGGAUUGAGAGCCGCAUCAAUUGACGGCCAAGCUAGACAACAUCAAAUGCAACCUCUCAUACAACCUCACAUUCAACCUCACAUGCAACCUCACGUACAACCUCAUUUACAACCUCACUUACAACCUUCUCACUUACAGCCUCAUAUGCAACAUUUUUAUUCACCAAUGUCACAACCUGAUCAAACGAACAAGCAUUUUAGCGUCCAAUUGACCGCAAAGCAGGAUGUUCGUCCAGAAUACACAAAUAUUUAUCAUCGAAACUCCGUCACGCCAAUUGCGCUACCUCCGCCCGUUGAUAAAGAACCAACGUCACAGAGAAAGCAAAAUGACAGCGAUGCAGACUCAACAGAUGAUGUUGAUCUCCUUAGAUAUUCAGUCGGAGAACAAAACGCAAUUUUAAGCAAGAAAGUAAAAACAUUGAAAGAAAAACGAGCAAAGGAUAAAGAGAAGAUUGCUAAAUUGAAGGAUAAGCAUCAAAGGGUGCUAAGCGAUUUGGACAAGAACAGAUUCGACAUUAGUAACGAGGAUGUAGACCGAUUGAAGCAACAAUUUGAGAAGGAGAGGCAGAGAUUACAUAAUAGAAUUAAUGAAUCAGAUCUCGAAGUCCGUGACCUGAAUAAAGAGAUUAAAAGACUUAAAGAGGAAGCUUCGUCAUACCAAUCUGCACUGGGAAUAGCUACAAAUGUUAGAUGGAGUGACGAAGAUUCAAAUAACUCCGUUCAACUCACUCAGGCGAUCAGCGACCUCCAACACACUCUUAAUGAUUUUGCAAAAGCAAAAGGAUCCGGUGUGAAACUCAACGAAGCUGCCUGCGAUGAAUUAUUAGAGAAAUACAAAUGUAGAACUAGAAUGUCAGAUAAAAGACCCAAGCUCGUUGUUGGAGCCGCUUUUCAACGAUUGGUUCUAGAGAUUAUAUUUAAUAGUAUAGAAGAAUAUGGUCUUGGCGACAAAGAUGGAUGGGGCCCGGCAGAAGGUGAAUCGACAGAUGAAGGGUCGAAAGAUGAAUCGACAGAUGAAAGGUCGAAAGAUGAUCACAUGGCAAUUACACUGCCGACAGACAACAACGCUCUGGAGACGAAUCUUUUAACAACGACCCGACACUUGAUUCGACUAGUGCAAGAGUUCUCAUCAACUAGAAAUGGCGAAGAUCACCAAACUGCGAUAGCCCCAACCAAAUUACGACAACAGAUAUAUGCUGUUCUUGGUUGCAGAGCAUUUGUCAAGCCUGACCACCCAUUCGUCGUCUCACUUACGGAUCAAGUUGUCGAGACUUUAUCACAUUAUCGCACCAUUCCUGAUGAUGCUCAAAAACAGGCUGAACUACGUAAUGAUGCGACAGCACUUGUAUAUAAAGCUGUUCACAUGUACUUUAGACUCUAUACUCAAGAACCAAUUCCACAGUUCAGAAAUUUCUUUGAAGCAGGAGAAAAAAUUGCGGUCAGCACAAUGUCAGGCCCGUGGGAUGAAGAACAUAUAGAAGAGUUGGAGGUGGAAAUUUGUAGUUUCCCUAUGGUUGGACAUCACGACAACAAGAGAGUUUUGACUAAAGCUCUAGUAAUACCUAGAAAGUAA